CCUCCCCCUCCCCCGGGCACGCCGCAGGGCCACGGCCCGCGCAAGAAGCGCCGCGUGCGCAGCUUCUACUGGAAGACCAUCCCCGAGGAGAAGGUGCGCGGCAAGCCCAACAUCUGGACCAUGGCCGUGCGCCAGCAGCAGUACCAGAUCGACGUGCGCACCGUGGAGGAGCUGUUCGGCCAGCAGGAGGAGAGCGGCGCCGGGCGCGGCACCGCGGGCAGUGCCACCCCACGCCGCGGGCGCUCCAGAGCCUCCUUCAAGGAGAGCAAGGACGAGGUCAGCAUCCUGGACUCCAAGAGAGGCAUGAACGUGGGAAUUUUCCUCAAGCAGUUUAAGAAGCCUAACCAUGUCAUUGUGGAGGACAUCCGCCAGGGGAACAGCCAGCCUUAUGGGGCAGAACCCCUGAAGGAGCUGCUCAAACUGCUGCCGGAGUCAGAGGAGGUGAAAAAGCUCCAGUCAUUCAAAGGGGACCCAGAGAAACUGACAUUGGUGGACUCCUUCAUGUACCUGCUGAUUGAAGUGCCACGUUUUGAGGUACGAAUCGAGGCCAUGGUUUUGAAAGAGGAGUUCUUCCCCAUAUGUGCUGUUAUGAGCCGUGAGAUCAAUGUCAUUCGCAUGGCUACUGAAGAACUGAUGACAUGUGAGGAGCUACAUGCAAUCCUACACUUGGUGCUACAAGCUGGAAAUAUCAUGAAUGCUGGCGGCUAUGCAGGCAACGCUGUCGGCUUCAAGCUCUCCUCUUUACUGUCUCUGGCUGACACGAAGGCCAACAAGCCAGGCAUGAAUCUGCUGCACUUUGUGGCUCUGGAAGCACAGAAGAAAGAUGAAGAACUGCUGAAGUUUCCAGAGAAACUGCAACAUGUUCAGAGUGCUGUCAGGAUUUCUGUAGAGAACAUUGAGACGGAGUUUUCUUCACUCUAUGUCAAGACACGCUCCCUGGAGGAAAAGAUCCAGAAUGAACCUGAACUUCUGCAGCAACUGGAGCCCUUUUUACAGAAUUCAACAAGUACGCUGCAGGACCUUAAAAGACGCAGGUUGGACCUCCGCAAAGAGGGUAAUGCACUCAUCGACUUCUUUUGUGAGGACAAAGACAGCUUUAAGCUUGACGAGUGUUUUAGAAUCUUCCAGGAUUUCUGUCUGAAGUUCAAAAAAGCGGUGAAGGACAACUCUGAGCGGGAGCUGAAGGAGGUGGCCAGGCAGCGGCGGCUGCGGGAGCUGGAGGAGCGACGCUUCGCCUGGACGGCCGGCGCGGCGGGGGUGCAGUCGGCCGGCGGGGGCUUCGGCCGCAGCAGCAGCGAGACGGACGUGGACACGCUCACCAAAGAGGGCCUGCUGGACUUCCUGCUCCAGUCCCGCCCCCACAGCCCCCACAGCCCCCUGGGACGCUCGGCCAGCGCCCGCCGCUACCGCCAUCCCGGCUCCGCCGACCGCAACCUCCGCGGCUACCUGGAGCUGUUCUCCGGCGCGAGCCCCAACGUGACCGACUACGCCAAGUUCAACAGCCUGCCGCGCUCCAGCCGAGCCCAUCAGCGCAGGACGAUGGCCUGGCUAGCCAACCAGGACGACAACCGCGAGCUGGAGCCCCACAGCCUGCUCCAGGAGAGGCAGGUCACUUCUCCAGAGACAGAGCCCAUUAGCCCACUGGCUAGGUACUCAACGGACUACAGUGCAAAAGAUCAUCCCUACGACAACAACCACAACCAGUACACCAGCCUCUCUGAAGGCGGCCUCCCCCCUCACAACAUGAAUGUUUUUCAGAAGACGUCUGGACACAAUCUGGGACGCAUGAAUGUCAGCGUGGAGAGGCACAGGCUGGUGGCUGGUCCCCAGCCAUUUGAUGCGUCUUGCCCAAACAGAAACAGUCACCACCAGCUGAACAACUACAAGGACAUACUCGUCACCAAUCUGGAGGAGGUGGUCAGGAACGUGCCCAAGAGCCUUGUCCUGGACACCCCUCCGUCCAGCAAGAGCUCGGACGAGGCGCCCAAGCCUGAAGCCGGGUGGCAGAGCAAAACCUCCUUUCUGCAGCCGGAGGAGGAAGACGACAGCACGGUGUCCUCCACGACGUGCGACACGCCCCUCCCUCUGGACCCCUCCAUGUCUGGGAACAGGCCGGCGCUCCACGGGAUGGACUGCACGGAGACGGACUGCUCGGUCAUGCUGGACUUCUCCGAGCUGGAAACCUCCCCGAUUAUACGCGAGGGGAUGGGAUUCGACCCCAGGGCGCCGGGAAACUUCAGGUUUCCCAGAGAUCCUAACUCGCUGUCCUCGAACUUGGAGUCCACGUCGACCAACGACCAGUCCAUGUCCACCGAAGACCCUCCUGCGCCCAGAUUGUGUAGCCCGGCCUCGGCGAGCCUGUCCGGCACCACUGACGAGCCGGACCAAGACAGCGGGGACACGGACGAGGGCAGGAAAGUGGACGAGAAAGCUGUGCAGACCUGCAGCCCCAAACCUGCCCACAAGACCAAGGCCUCGUCCAAAGCCUCUGCGCACCAGACCCCUGGACUCGGCCGAGCCCCGAGGACCCUGACGCCCUCUGAGCACCAAACCAUGCGCAAGGUGGUGCCCCUCACCAAGGUGAGCCGGUCGUUCGCCAGCACGAGGAAGGCCGAGAGGCCGGCGGGACACGAGGGCGGCGGUGAGCUGAGACGGCCGCUCCGCGACCAGAGCACGCCGGCCAGAAGGGCCGUGGAGAGGAACCCCCGAGCGGCCCGCCACUCCAGCCUCCCGCCCGAGGACUGCGGCGGAGGGAGCACGCCCGGCGGCAGCCUCACGCGCUGGGCACGAGACCCCACGCCGCGCCGCUCCGCCCUCCGCAAGCCCACUGCCAAGCCCCUGAGGAACGUCCCCAAGCCGGCGCCGGAGGAGAAGAUGUGCCGGUCGGCCAUGAGGGCGCUGGCCCAGGCUCAGGCUCAGGCUCAGGCCCAGGCCCAGGCCGCCUCGGAGGCCAGCGCUAGCCACACGCUCACCAGCGGCUCUAAAGGCUCCUCUCCGUUGCCCAGCUUUGCCCGCAACACCAUAUCGUCCGUCUCCAGGACCAAGAAAGAGGUGUCCACCCCGUCCAGCCCGGCGACCCCCGUCAGGAGCGCGACCCUCGGCCGGACCGGGUCUCAGAAGGCGGGCGGCAGCGUCAAGAGCGAGGCGCCGGGAGGGUGCGCGGGGUCCCAGGCGGAGGAGAGGGCCCUGAGCGGCUCUUUGAGGCGAGUGCAAAGCGUGAGGGCCUCGAGUCGGAGUACCCAGCGCAGCGACACUCCGCCACCACCACCCACCCGCGAACGCUCUCGCAAGAGCAGCAACUUCUCCGAAAAGUCCUUCCAGACCUCCAUAUCCUCCAAGACUCUCAAGCCCUCGUGGAAGUGAGAUGGCUGGUCACCUGUCUUAAGCCUUAUACCACUGGAUAUUUCUUUGACUCCCUGUAUGGUACUGUGGAACCCAGUUCCAUUAGGCCACGUAAUAGCAUCCAUAUCGGCACAUCUCUGAAGGCCUUUAUCUACUGCCUUGAUCAGUUUUUGGUUUUCCCAGGAAUUCAUCUCAUAUGUCAACAUACCUUAGUUUCAUUGUCAUUGAAGGUCAAUUGUCUGUUACCUUUUUGGCACAGUUGAGGCUGUGUUUUUCAAAGAUUUUCCUGUAUUUAGUCGUUUCAUCUGUACCAACAAAUGUCGGUAAAAUAUGUAUAUGAACACUGUAAAAUAUCUGACAUCAAUGGCUUGUUUACUUUGCAUGGUAUAUCAAAUUGCAAGACAAAAUGCUUAGAACGGUCAAGCUAAGCUAAGCUAAGCUAAUCCAUGUAAUGAGAAAGACUGUGUCAGUGACAGUACUUUUCAUGUUCCACAGCUGCUAACGGGCUCUUUCACUUGACAUUGAGUUGGCACUAUAUCUUUCAGGGUUCUAACUUUUCAGGAGAUGCCUUGCUACUCUUUAUGUUUUGCAAAUAAGCUUUCCAUUUUCAGUCUGUGUGUUUGCAUUUGUCUAUUGAAGUUGAGGAACUACUACUGAAGGUUUGGCAGAGUCCACCAUUUCUAGCACCCAGAUCAUAUAAAUAUCAUAUAUGCAUAUGGACUGAUUUGAUUAAAUCAGUUAAAGGUGCAAAUCUAGUUGUUGUAGUUGUACAAAGGAAAACAGAUAGGCUUCCAGACCGAAUACAGCUGUAAUGCUAUUGGCAUGAUGUGAUGUCAAUACAGGUUUUUGGUAUUCUUGUGUAUUCUACAUUGUUUUAUUUUCAUUGAUGAGUGUAAAUAAGUGUAUAAAACAAAUGAAAUAACAAAACAAGAUAUGUAGAAUGUGAAGACUUAUUGUGAAGUACUACUGUUUCCCUGGACUUACAGAAUUGUACUUUAGUCACUCAUGACAACAGAAAAUACAAUUUACACAUUUAAAAUGAGUGGAUUUUGCUAGAGCUCUGUAGCAGUACCUCUGCAGAAGUUCAGUGCUAUUUUGUUUCUGUCUUGUAUUAUUGUAUGCAAUGCACUAUAUGUAUACUUUAGCUUUAGAUGGCAUCCAUUGUUCCAAUGGAGAAGACUGAUGCACAACGGAAGUCUUUUUCAGCUAUACUGUACUGUAUGUUAGCAGUCGUGAUUUGGAAAGGACAAGCCAAUGUAGUCUAGUUUUUGGACUGGUGUAUCUCAUGAGAUGAAGAGCAAUUUGUUUUAAGAACACCUUGGCAUGACAGCCCACAGCAGUGUGAGUUGACCAGUUUGACCAUUGUGAUUGUAGUUAGAGUAUGUUAGUCUCCUCAGACAUUAACAGUGUGUGACACUGUUAUAGUAACCAAUGCUGACAUAACACUGUAGAUGUCUCAGCCCUCGGAAAUGCUUGCUACACCUCUCCUGCCUAUUUGAAAGCAUUGUGCCAUAUGGACUUGACACACAUGUAGUGCUUUAUAGAGUAGUGUGCUGAAUAGAUCACUGUAGCAGAUCUAUUUUAAUAUGUGGCUCGCCACAUUUGAUGUAAAUAAGAAGGACACAAUUUUCAUACAAAUCAUUUAACAUUUGAAUUAUUUAAAUCCUUUCCAUCUACAACAUCAUAUAUGGCUCUCUGAACUGUAAAUAUGUCUACUUCAAAAUUAUUACUUUUGUUCACAGAUUUAUACAUCACAAGCAUUUAUGAUGGGGCUGUUACUGGCUCAUGGAUACUAGCCUCCUUUUACAUAAAAGUCCUCCUGAUCAUUAUUCAUCUUUGUUUCUCUGCAUCUGUUUUUGUGUCUUUGUUUUGCUUUUCAUCAGAUAAGAUCAUGAACAGAUCAUGUCACUUAGAAAUGCCAGCUAUGCCUCCCUCUUCCCCGUACUCUUGGCAAUGCGACUGUAACGUGAAGUGCUCCAAAGAAACCCAUAGAUCAGUGCAGUCAUAUCUAGGCUGGUCCUCAGAGAGUAGACAAAAGCUCAUGCCCUGUUCACCUUAUUAUAAGAUCGGAAGGCCUAUAGAGAGUGAAGACAUGUCUUUAAAGGUUCAGGUUGAAUGCUCUACCCCCAGAAACACCAGCACUUCAACACAGUGCCACCUGCUGCUCUCUGUGGAGUCCAUCUGCAACUAUGGCCAGCUUUGCGUCAGAGUGGAUAUCCAACAGGGGGACCUUUCAUGCUCUCUGUUUUGUCUCUUGCACAUGCCAAUAAUAUACAGUACCAGGACAACUGGGACAGUAGAUACAGAUGCACUUGAAUUUUUAUUUCAAAACAUUCCACAUUCCAAUGGAAAUAUGAAUAUCACUGAAUUAUCAACUGAAUGUCACUCUCCCAGCACUUUCCUUAAUACUCAACUGACCUUAUAGUCGGUUGCCACAAACUUGUAGCUUUUCUUUUUUUCAGUUUUGCUUUUCAUGAUUGAGUGGAUUGACACAAUCAUGUGGCUGGGUUAGGUUGAUUUAGCCUAAACAAACAGGGUGGUCCUCUUUCUGCCUGAAAAUGUAUCAGUUAACUGGAUGUACACUGUCCGACAACUUGCAAUAUAAAUGUGCUUGUGAAACUGCAAUCGAAACAGCUGGUAAUCAUUUUCUUCCCACCCUUUCUAAUUCAUUUUCUGGAUGUUUACUUUUUUUAUAGCUGGUUUAUCAACAUUACAUUUUUCAAUCAUUACUGUCUGAGAUCAGUCAAGCACUUUGACACUUUGUGUGGUUGUCUAAUGGUCAGUUAUCAGAAUGUGUCUUAAACUGGUGUAAAUUGUUUCUUUUCAUAGACAGCAACCACAGACAUCAGAUCUCUACACUGUUGCACGCUGCAGAAUCAUUUGUGCUGUGAUAAAACAUGAAUAAACUUUU